CGGCCCCCUCACCCUCCGGGCGUUUGCUCAUGCGCAUGACUGAUCGUUUUUAGCGCGAAAACAUUUAGAAACGUUUUGGCUGGUAAUAGUCAACCAAAUUUGACCCUCGAGAAAGGUCGGAGGAUAAUUCACGUGGACGCGAUGGAUUCGAGCACACAACACUACAUUCUUCGAGAUUUUGCAGUCACAACUCCACAUGCUUAUACGGUCGUCACUCCUUUCCGUUGCUCUGUUUCGGCCGUGAACUCUGUGAGGAGGUUUCAGCGAAUCGAGUAGUAAAGGCGUGGGCGUGGGAGAGCCGUCCAGGCUUUAAACCAGAGUGGGUAUGUGGGACACCUGCGCAAGCACUGGAGUUUGCCCUGCAGCGUCUGAAAGAACUAAGAGGGAAAAAAUGAAUAUGGUUUUUGCUCACAGAAUGGAUAACAGCAAGCCGCCUUUGGUUGUUCCUACACUUCUGGUGCCCCUCCAAAACCACAGCUGCACGGAAACGGCCUCCCCUCUGCUGAGACGAGACCUGACGGAGCUCUACGAGGAGCACGGCUGGAGGAGCAACGGAACAGACCUGCGCGACAGACCGAACCCCGGGGAAGUGGCCACAGCCAGCAUUUUCUUUGGGGCCCUGUGGUUGUUUUCUGUCUUUGGCAAUUCCCUGGUGUGUCUGGUCAUCCACCGGAGCAGGAGGACUCAGUCCACCACCAACUACUUCGUGGUGUCCCUGGCGUGUGCCGACCUGCUCAUCAGCGUGGCCGGCAUGCCUUUCGUCCUGCUGCAGUUCACCACCGGCCGGUGGGCCCUGGGCAGCGCCACGUGCAAGGCCGUGCGCUACUUUCAGUAUCUCACCCCGGGCGUCCAGGUCUACGUUCUCCUCUCCAUCUGCAUAGACCGGUUCUACACCAUCGUCUACCCUCUGAGCUUCAAGGUGUCCAGAGAAAAAGCCAAGAAGAUGAUUGCAGCGUCCUGGAUCUUUGAGGCGGCCUUUGACCCCGUGUUCUUUUUCUAUGGCUCCAACUGGGACAGUCAUUGUAACUAUUUCCUCCCCUCCUCUUGGGAAGGAACUGCCUAUACCGUCAUCCAUUUCUUGGUGAGCUUUGUGAUUCCAUCCGUCCUCAUAAUCUUAUUUUACCAGAAGGUCAUAAAAUACAUUUGGAGAAUCGGCACCGAUGGUCGAACAGUGAGGCGGACGAUGAACAUCGUCCCGAGGACAAAAGUGAAAACUAUCAAGAUGUUCCUCAUUUUAAAUCUUCUGUUUUUGCUCUCCUGGCUGCCCUUUCAUGUUGCUCAGCUGUGGCACCCGCAUGAACGAGACUAUAAGAAAAGUUCCCUUGUUUUUACAGCUAUCACAUGGAUAUCCUUUAGUUCCUCAGCCUCUAAACCUACUCUGUAUUCCAUUUAUAAUGCCAAUUUUAGGAGAGGAAUGAAAGAGACUUUCUGCAUGUCCUCGAUGAAGUGUUACCGAAGCAAUGCCUACACUAUCACAACCAGUUCAAGGAUGGCCAAAAAAAACUAUGUCGGCGUCUCAGAAAUCCUCCCCACGGCCAAAGCUGUAGCCAAAGACUCAAGCUAUGGUUCAUUUGACAGGGAAGCCAAGGAAAAAAAGCUUGCUUGGCCCAUUAAUUCAAAUCCGCCCAAUACUUUUGUCUGAUUUCUCAGAAUUCUUUCAAUUACUGUUAUGUACCAGAGAUUAAAACGUUUAACUGUAAAAACAGAAGCUAUUUAUAUAUUUUUUUCGAUCAACUUUCUGAGGGAAAUGUUUGAUUUUGUAAAAUGCACUCACUAUUGAUUUU